CGGAGCACUCGGCGGCGGCGGCGCGGGGUCCGCACCAUGGGCGGCGGCUGCUGGCGGCUGCUCGGCGUGCUGUGCCCGCUGCUCCUGCACCUCGCCGCGAGCCAGGAGCCCGUGAGCAUGGCCGGGCAGUGCGACACCAUCUACAAGGGCUUCGCUGGCUGCCUCAUCAGCCUGGGGGACAGCAUGGCCCAGAGCGUCCGGCAGCAGCAGGAGGAGGGCGGCGAGGAGGCGCAGGAGCUGGACACCAUCUGCAAGUCCUGGGACGACUUCCACGCCUGCGCCAGCGAGGUGCUGUCCAAGUGCCCCGUGGAGGCGUCCGCCAUCUGGGAGUCGCUGCGCCAGGAGUCCCGCAAGAUCCAGUUCCAGGGGAACCUGCAGGAGCUGUGCAGCGCCCGGGGCCGCCUGGCCAGCGCCCAGGGCUCGCCGGCCGCUGAGACCAACCAGGCCACGCUGCGGGGCUCGGCCACCCCCCUGCACCCCCAUCUCCUGGCCCUGCUGGCCCUGCCGCUGCUGCUGGCCCGGCCCUAGCCCUGCCUGCCCGGGGGUGCCCAGGUGACACCAUGGGUUGGUCCCCCUGGUUCUGACCAGGAACGGGUCCCCACCGAGCCCACCUCCCUCCCGGGCAUCCCUCGCGGGGCACGGUCCUCUCCUGCAGCACUUCAGAUGGAUUUAUAUUUAUAUUAAAAGACACUUUUACAUUU